UAAUAAGCAGGAAAAAUUUAUUUUUGCAGACGGAAAACCGUCACGUGUCUUUGGCAGAUUGGCACUGACGCAGAUCGACAGGUAAUCAGUUGUAUCGAGAGCAGUUUCGCUGUCAUUAAUCGACUUUCUCCCUUGUAAUUAGAUAGAGCCAUUUUAAUUUUGAGAGUUGAGCAGUUGUCAUCGAUCGAGCGUCAAGUUGAAGAGCGAUUAAGCUAGUGACGAUGGAUGCCGUAAGGGGAAGAGCGCUUCAUUUUGUUUUUAAAGUCGGAGAUCGGAACAAAACCAUAAAAUUUUAUAAAGACGUCUUGGGUAUGAAGGUUUUAAGGCACGAAGAAUUUCAAGAAGGUUGUAAAGCGGCAUGUAAUGGACCGUAUGAUGGGAAAUGGAGCAAGACCAUGGUUGGAUAUGGAGCUGAAGAUAAUCACUUCGUAGUGGAAUUGACAUAUAAUUACGGAAUUGGUUCGUACCGACUGGGAAAUGACUUUCUGGGGAUAACUAUAAAAUCAAGUAAGGCUAUUGAAAAUGCCAUUAAAAACAAGUAUCUUAUGGCAGAAGAAAAUAAUACAAAAGUAAUCGAAGCUCCUGGAGGAUAUAAAUUUUUUUUAAAAGAUGAGCCUAACAAUUCUCUAGAUCCAGUUGAAAAAGUAAUUUUGACCAGCUCCAAUUUAAAAAAAUCACUAGCUUUCUGGAAUGAAUUAUUAGGAAUGAAAGUAUACGAACAAAAUGACCAUAUGGCACUUUUGGGAUUUGCUGACAAUCAGUGCAAACUGGAGCUAAUAAGCAUAAACAAAGAUGUUGAUCAUGCUACCGCUUUUGGUAGAAUUGCAUUUGCCUGUCCAGAAGACCAACUUCCAAUAAUAGAACAAAAAGUCAAAACUGCUGAUUACACUAUUUUGACUCCUUUAAUAAGUCUGGAUACGCCGGGAAAAGCCACCGUCAGAGUUGUCAUCAUAGCUGAUCCAGUAAGUGCAAUUAAUUACAGUUUAAUUUUUAAAAUGAUGAGAAAUGAACAUACAGAAUGAUAGAUCUUAAUCUAU